AUGGGCGACAAACUGACAUCCGCAAUCCUCUCAGAGGGUUUCAUGGGUCUCAAACUAUUUGGGACUGGUACUCAUGGCCAAAUAUACGGCGCCUACGACAAAAAGCUGGACAACAUGGUAGCGAUCAAAAAGCUCGAUAUUUCAACACCAGCACAAGGAGAGCGGUUAAAGCACGAGAUUGCCGCCAUCAAGAAAGUCAGACAUCGCAACAUUGUUCCCAUCCUUUACGCCCUUGUCCGACCCAGAAUGGCACUCCUCGUCAUCCCCCCGAAACCAAGCAACCUCCACGCACUCAUCCCUCUACAAUACGAUCUAAACUUGAAAACAUCCGCCUUCUACUGCCUGACGAUCCAGAUGCUCUCUGCACUCACCUAUCUCCAAGAAGAAGGCCUGUCCCACCGAAACAUCAAACCCACCAACAUCCUCGUCGAGGCCAGCGGCCCAGGCUUCCACUUCCAGCUCACAGACUUUGCCCUCGCCCAACCCCUCGCUAUAACCGACAUAAAUAAGACUUAUUACAAGGCGCCAGAGACGUACGUCGACACAUACCCCCUAACCACGAAACAAGAUGUCUGGUCGCUCUUCGUGACACUGGCCAUCUCCUGCUGUUACCUAUCCGAAACGGAGCUCUCUAAUAGACCUCCCUCAGCAGCGGCCUGGGCGGUUGUCGAGGCGGGAGUGCAAAUGGGCGAGCUUGAAGCCAUGGCGCAGCAGAAUCCGACUCUGCGAGCGUCGGCGUCAGUCAUGUUCCACCAGUUGCGACCCAAGGAGAGAGUAAACUCACGGGGUGAAGUUGAAUAUCCAGAGGUCAGCCCCGACUAUGUCGGCUUAUACGGCAGCGGCCGACUGGAGAACGACGCUGUGAUUCCUCUCGGGCCAAGAGCAGACGUUCGAACCUUGACUGGGCCUCUAGGAUUAGGAUCUGGAGUGUCAGUACCAGCGUUGCCACCUGCUACGCCUGAGCCAUAUCAAUAUCUGCCGUCAGGUCUCGGCUUGUUUGAUGAAUCUACAUCUAUGGCAAUCGAGGUUCCCAACGAGGCAAUGCCAUCACCAUCUUCACACAGCGGAUAUUUUCAGCAGUCGCCAGACUACGAGCACUUCAAGUUCAACCAAUACGAUCCAGUCAACCAGCGCUGUCUAGCCAGCUGCUGCAACAACACAAACACAAACACAAACAACAACACUCCUCGAUCGUUAUCCUGGACCUCUUCCUCCCAGUCUCUCAGCCCACACGCGCCGAGUUUCGUCCCCGUCAGCCCUCCCCUCGCCCCCACGACACCGUUACCGCUUCGUGCAAUAACACCUACCGAGACCUGGGACAUAUGGGGCGUCUACAAAGUCGCAAACACCAUCAACUUCUCCAGCAAGGAUUACGUGAGGCCGUACCCCAUGGCCUGCGACAGCCAGGAGGACCAAGUCGUGGAGGACGUACCGCUCGAGGACUACAAGUGGACUGAAGACGAAGAUGGACCUGUUGCAAUUAACCCGUGGCAGUCACCUUUAUUGAGUUUCAUCUCUUGA